GUGCAAUGUGGGGAGGAUGGAGUAAGUUUGGUGUUUAAUAGGGGAUGGCGCUAUCAAAGCCCUAAAACGUAAAAAUGAAAAUGAGGUUUGGAAAAUCUGUUCCCCUGACCGCGUUUACGUGAUCCAAUUUUCCAUGGCCCAGACCGUCUGUUAGGGCUUUCUCUCUCCUCUUCUUUCCCCACCUUCCCUCCCUCCCUCUUUGGAAUCAGAAUAAUCCCCUCAGAAUCUCUCUCUCUCUCUCUCUCUCUCUCUCUCUCUCUCUCUCUAUUUGAUUGUUGCGUUAGUAUUAGAACCUUUCGAUUUGCGUAUGUUCUACUCUUGCUCUCUCUCUCUCUCGUGUUUCUCUGAUCAUCCUCAUGGCCUGCUCAGUCGCGGAGAUGGACGCUGAACAGCUGUCAAGCGGUCUGCACAAUAUCGCAAUUGAAGAUCAGGGGAAAACGCAGAGCGCAAGAGAGGGUCGAGAAAUGGGUUGUGAGGACCAUGGGGGCGUUUGUGCCAUCUGCUUGGAGAAGAUAGUUCUUCAAGAAACUGCUCUUGUAAAAGGUUGCGAGCAUGCUUACUGUGUAACGUGCAUCCUUCGAUGGGCAGCCUACAAUAAGAAACCGACAUGUCCUCAGUGUAAACAUCCAUUUGAGUUCCUCAACAUUCAUCGCACACUUGAUGGCAGAUCUGUGUUUUCUUCAACAGGAUUCAUGAUUACAUGUUUGAGGAAAGUGUGUGCCUACUUCUCAGAGCCACAUGGUUCAAGCCUUUGGUUGUGGAAGAAGAGGUGUAUGAUGAAUCGGAAGAUUUUUAUUUAUACGAGGAUGAUGUUGAUGAUUUGGAUGAAGCUUAUUAUAACAUUUCAUCAAGUCUUCGUAUUGGUAAUCGGAGAUGGGGUGAUAAUGGGUAUGUUAGGGCAGGUCGCCAAGAGGCAAGGCCAAUCCAUCGAUCAAAUUUCUCAGAUGCAAGUGCUAGUUCUUCACGUGAACCUAAGAAAAAGGCCACUGCAAAAGAUACAACAGGACGACGUGCAAAGAGGGCACUAAAGCGCGAAGCUGCUGAUAAGGCUGCUGCAGCAAAACAUCAGCAGCAUUUGACGAGAUUGGGCAGGAACUGAUUCCAUUCGUGUAAGUAUUUCAAAUUCAGAAAGCCUGAUCUUCUUUGUUCCUUGUACAGUGUUUCCUUGCUUUAACUUCGUGAAAUAAUGACAUGUUCACUGUCUGCGUGUAUAUUGAUGUUCAUUGCGCAGAAUAACAAUUGUACUUUUAAAUAUUUCAGAAUUUAGAUCCAUGAUUAUGCAAGCAAUUCUUCACUUUUGAAA